UCAAAGCCUCAGCGUGCCGUACACAGGACCAGACGGGCUAGGUCGUUCGUCUAUUGCUCCUAACGGACACGCAUCCAUCGUUGUCGGAGCGUGAAGCAUCCAUAGUAAUCAGAAGCCGAGUAUUCCAAAACACACCCCCACCUAUACAUAUCAAAACCGCUUCCGGACUCUUGUGAACGCACUGCACUGCUUGAAGCAAAGCCAAGCAUAGCACACGACCUAUCGCCGAUCACGGCGUCAUAUUACCUUCUCAGAGUUCAUCGGAAGUAGCUUUCAUAUAUUCUGCUGUGUCUCAUUUGUGCAUCUGGUCAGGUCGACAAGCUGUCUCAACCCACCUUAUUCCGACGACGCAACGUUUGACCACCUUCUCCCGCCACUUCUCCGGCACAUCCAGCAGCAUGGCGCCCACACCCAAAGAAUGUGACUAUCUUGUCAUAGGCGGCGGCUCUGGCGGUCUAGCCUCUGCGCGGCGCGCGAGUGGCAUGUACGGCGCCAAAGUCAUUGCCAUCGAGGCGAAUCGCUUAGGCGGCACAUGUGUCAAUGUUGGCUGUGUGCCCAAGAAAAUCACGUGGGCCGCGGCGGACAUCAGCCAAACCAUCAAACACUCGGCGAAAGCGUACGGGUUUCAUGUGGAGGAGACGGCGCCGUUUGACUGGCGCUCCUUCAAGGAGAAGCGGGACGCGUACAUUCGCAGGUUGAACGGGAUCUAUGAGAAGAACCUGCACAACGACAAGGUGGAAUAUCUGCACGGUUUCGCGAGCUUUGCAGAUCCGCAUACGGUGAAGGUGACGCUGGACGACAAGAGCGAGGUCGAUAUCAAGGCGAAGCAAAUCCUAGUAGCUGUUGGAGGGCACCCGAACUUCCCUUCUGUUGAAGGUGCUGAGCUGGGGAUCACAUCGGAUGGCUUCUUCGAAAUCGACAAGCAGCCCAAGAAGGUGGCCGUUGUAGGCGCAGGCUACAUCGCCGUAGAGAUGGCGGGUAUGUUCCACGCAUUAGGUACCGAAACGCACCUGUUCAUCCGCCAUGACACUUUCCUACGCACGUUCGACCCGAUGAUCCAGGAAAAGGUGACGGCGGAGUACGAGCGACAAGGCAUUAUCCUCCACAAGCAGUCUUCGCAGUCCAAAUUGGAAGACAUCGGUAACGGCUGGAAACGCUUACACUACAAGGAUCAAAGUGGCGAGGGUACUUUGGAGGUCGACUGCUGUCUCUGGGCGAUUGGUCGAAGUCCCGAGAUCGAGAAGUUGAACCUUGACGUAACGAAGGUUGCGUUGAACGAGAAAGGCCAUAUCAAGGCGGACGAGUACCAGAACACCAACAUCGACCACAUAUUCGCCCUCGGCGAUGUCUGCGACCGCGGCUUCGAGCUAACGCCGGUCGCCAUCGCCGCAGGCCGGCGGUUAGCAGACCGCUUGUUCGGCGGACAGCCCGACGCACAUCUGGACUACAGCAAUAUUCCAUCGGUCGUUUUCGCGCACCCUGAAGUCGGAAGCAUCGGCAUGACAGAGCCCGAGGCGCGCAAGGCGUUUGGCGACGAGAACAUCAAGAUCUACAACAGUAGUUUCACGGCCAUGUACUACGCAAUGAUGGAGCCGGAGGAGAAGGGUCCGACGUCGUAUAAGUUGAUUUGCGCUAACAAGGAGGAGAAGGUGGUCGGCAUGCACAUCAUGGGCAUUGGCUCGAGCGAGAUCUUGCAGGGGUUUGGUGUGGCUAUCAAGAUGGGCGCAACGAAGGCGGAUUUCGAUCGGUGCGUGGCGAUCCACCCGACGUCUGCCGAGGAGUUGGUUACCAUGAGAUAGAUUGUCCAUGCUGUAUAGAUCAUGUGUAAGAAUAAGCCUCACGGUGUCAUUGUGCAACAUAAAGCAGGCGGAGUCUGUCGCCUCUUUCGACGAUCAAGAUUGGACGAUACUUCGACCCUUUGGGAAGGUGCGUUGUAAGGUUCAAGGUACCCGAUCCGUGGAAGCGCAGUUGUUGGAAAAGUUCAUUGCCCGCUAUCAUGCCCAGCCACAACCGCAAGCAAAUUGCGGCCUCCGGUAAUAUGCCAGUAUCAACG